AUGGCAGCCAUGAGGCAAGACAGCAGAGACUUUGCCCUGCUAUCCGGCGAGCCAAGAAGAACCCCCAAGCGCUUGAUAUUCUCCUACGUGCUCGACUGGAUGUUCAUCAUUCUUCUCGUCAUCGUCGGUGCCAUCCUAUACAGCAUCACCGGCUCCGAGCACGUCUUCUCCCUCGACGACCCCAGCAUUUCCUAUCCCUUGAAAACCGACACCGUCUCGAUCGUCACCGUCGGAAUCGUCUGCUGUGCCGUCCCCGCGCUUCUCAUCGCCGCCCUCAGUCUCCUCCUCCCGAUCCCCUGGAGACUCCGCCUCUGGGAAUGGCACGCCGGGUGGCUGGGGCUGGGUCUCAGUCUCGCCGGCGCCUUCUUCAUCACCUCCGGCCUCAAGGACGUGGUGGGCAAGCCCCGGCCGGAUCUGCUCGCGCGGUGCCAACCCAACCUGUCGUCCCUCAACAUAACCGCGUACGCCGUCAGCGGGCUAGGCGUGGAGCGUCCAGAAGCCCCAGUGAUGGUCACCACGCGCAUCUGCCAAGCGACCGACUCCAAGACCCUCCGCGACGGAUUCGCCGCGUUUCCGUCCGGUCACUCCUCGUUCUCGUGGUCAGGCCUGCUGUACCUGUCGCUCUGGCUGGGGGCGAAGUUCGCCCGUGCUGUUCCUGCUAGUCCUGCUCACUGCCGGGACGCGUCCAGCCGGGCUGCUGCUACUGCUGCUGCUCCACCCGUGUAUCUACUCGUGCUGACCGUUAUUCCCAUCGGCGGUGCACUCUACAUCUGCGGCACUCGCUAUAUGGACUACAUGCAUGCCGGGUGGAAUAUUCUGGGAGGGAGUUUGAUUGGGAUCGUCUUUGCGAUUCUGGGCUUCCGGUGGUAUCACGCCCCAGCUGGGCAGGGGGAUGGGGGCUGGGGCCACGCGUUGGGUCCGCGGUCAGCGGACCAUGCGUUCGGGGUGGGCUUGGUUGCCCCAGGGGAGUCUGAGGGUGAUGACCACAGGCAGGUGGAGAAUCGCGAAGGGUUUCUGGAUGUCGAGCUCAACACUAUCGAUGGAGGCUCGCAGAGUGUGUUGCGGGUUGCCAAUCCCUAG